CCCGCGGCGCAUGCGCGGUGGCGGUGCCUGCUCCGCCGAGCGCACGUCGGACAGUUCGGGGGUAGCAGUAGCAGCGGGGUGGUGGCACAGCUCGGCCACCUCCGCUGCCCGCACAGCGUCUACCGGCGGGUCCUCACUUUGGUUUGUAGCGACUUGAUAUUUGCAAGGUCCCUGCCCGGACAGUAAUCAUCAUGGAUAGUGUGUUCUUAACAGAGGACAAAGCCAAUUCUUUGUUAAAAAGAUACCCAAGAGCCAACACCUUUCUGGAAGAAUUAAAGCCAGGUGACAUAGAACAUGAGUGCAGAGAAGAAAUCUGUAGCUAUGAAGAAGCAAGAGAAGCAUUUGAAAAUGAGGAAAGAACGAAGGAGUUCUGGAAAGUCUACAAAAACGGACUGCAGGGAGAAAGUAACACAGGACAUUCCUGGUAUUCAUUUUACCUUGCGUUUCCAUUAAUCAUUGGCCUUUUUGUCAUCCUCAUUGUCAUUUUUGUCAUAUGGAGAUGCCUGUUCAAAAAGAAAAUGCGUAGACAGUCAGUGUACGUGCAUAGGGGAGCCCACGAAGCGAUGAGUGAUGGUGCUGUGCCUGACAGAAGAGGUCCUCUUCCACCGCCUCUCAGCGUUGUUCAUUCCCCACAGGAGGAAAUGUAUGAAGUCGGUGGGCUCUCUCCAGGAGGCCUGAGCUAUGCAGAUGGACGAUCAGACUCAAUAUCCACAAGGCUCUCCAACUGUGAUCCUCCUCCUUCAUACGAGGAAGCCACUGGUGAAAUCAGCAUGAGAAGUGAAACUGAACAACAUUUAGAUCCACCUCCACAAUAUGAAGACAUUGUGAAUUCUGCUUCAGCCAGUGCAGUUGCACUGUCUCCUAUUGUCAGCAGUACUAAGUAAAGCAGGACGAAUGCUACAGACUUUAAAGAAAUUACUAAUCACUUUUGUAGCACUUUAUCUUGUCUUAUUAUGCAUUUCUAUAAUUUAAUGGACUUGUACAAUGAACUUCACUUUUGGUUAGAUUCACUUGUUCUUUGGGUUUGGGAUUUUUUGGCAGGUCUUAAAAGAUAAGGAAUCUGUAUUGAGAGUGUAGUGCAAGUACAAUGUGGUGCUCUGUCAUACUUCUCAGAAGUACCUCUGAUCUGAGGGGUGUCACUUGUUUGAUACCAAAUGUUGUCCACAUUCCCCACAAGAUUCAUGGAAUCCCUUCCCAUUUCCUGCUGCAGACUGUCAGAAUUGCCUGAAAUUGGGAAUUCUUAAGUGGCAUUUUUAGAUAGCUAUUUACACUAAAAGAGACUGAUUUUGCAGUAUCACCUCUUGUCAUCUUGGGGUUUUUUCCUUGCUUGGAUUUUUGUUAUGUGCUGCAGCUUAUCCUGGGCCCUUGGAAGGCUGAGAGCAGUUUGCCCUUGCGUUCACACCAGAGUGUGCUGGUGUAGUAGCAAUAAUUUCAGAGUCCUGGCAGAAGAGGUGUAUCCUAAAGCUUUUGCUGUUACAAGCCAAAAUUCUGCAGACAUUUAAAAUCUAACAAUUCGAGGUGGUAAUUCAUGAAUUUAUUAGUGUACAUUUUUGUCUGUGCUCUGCCUUUCCUCUCCCUUCUCCUCUCUGUUGGUAACUUUGUAUUCUAGAGGUGAGAAGUGUGCAUAUGUUAACUUCAGACUUGAAAAUUCGUGCAGCAGUAUAUAAUGAAAUAUUGACAUACUCAAGAGUGGAUAAAAUCCUGAUCAUAGUCUUCCUACCACAGUCUUCACUGGGACCUUAGGAUAUUAUCCAUAAACGUGUAAGUCCAAAGGUAUUCCUCUCCUUUUCAAAAGGGAAGAAAAAGGGAAAGCAUUCAGUGUGUGUGCCUUUUUUUUUCUCCCCCAACUUUGAAAUAAAAACUCCUUCCUCAAUUCCUGAUGCUCUUUUGCCUCUUGAGUAAGUACUUCCAUGUACCACAUGUGCAGGCUGUGGAAAUCCCCUGCAGAGAACACAGAUUCCUUUUUUCCAAGCAAAUAUAUUUAUUACCUGUCCAUUCCAACAAGGUGCUUGUGUUGCCAAAGUUAACAAUGAAUUAACACUGCUUGGAGUUUUCAUUCUCUCUCAGAGCAGUGUAGUGUUUUUAUCCAUGGCAUGAAUUCUUGAAGUGCACAACUCUUCUGUUUUUUCUUCUUUUUCACAGCUCUUAGGUUGCAGGUACUCAUCUAAGAGGUGCUGGGAAGCACAUGAGUCCAGGGUGGAUCCAGAAGUUGUGUGGUCAGCCUGGCUCUGCCCUCCAGCUGUGAGCUGCAGGGCCCACUUGGCAUAGGGCAAGACUGUGAAGACUCACUGUGUUGUAUUUCCUAGAAUACAACAGAGCUGUAGCCCCAAGCAUUAGUCUGGAGUGACUUUUUGAUAGAAUAGAGGCUUGUACAGAAUUCUAACCACCUGGUUUAGAUGCUGGUGAUAGUUAUGGUGGUGCCGGCUGUAGUGUGCCAAUUCUUUCUUUCCCAGUUUGAUUUCCAAGUUCGUUGCUUGGUUUAGCUUCUGAAUACUCAUUUCAGUUCUCUGUCUUCUCACACUAAGGUAGCCUGGCAUUAGCUUUAGUAUUGUUCUAAUCACUUAGCAUAAAUUGAAAUGUAAUUAGCCCUGGAGGACUGCUGUGGUAUAUUUGCUUUCUUACAACAGAAACCCAAACUGCAUCUUGUUCUAAACACUCUAAAUGAAGUGACAAUUCCAUCCAUUUGAAAUGAGUGUUAAUUCUGAGAUGUGUGAUGGUGUCUACUGCCUCAUGGGGGCUUGGCCCAUCUUUUCCCUAAGGAGUGCUACAGAAGGCUGCUGAAAAGAAAUGUAUCUGCACACUUCUGUAGAAUUUGAUAUACUGUACUGACAAAUUAAGGAAAGGUCUUAUGGUUAAUUUUAUGUUCUCAUUUCUGACAGAAUGGGUGGCCUCAGUUGUCUGCUGAAAGCCUUCAGCUGCAUAGGCAAUUUGUAUUAGAAUUGAUAGAUGAACUCCAGGCCAAUCUGUUGUCAGAAGAGAAUUCUUAUUUCUGUUUAUUCUAUAUAAUAGAUAUUGAGCAGAUAAAUACAGUAGAUUUUGAACACUCAUAGUAAGAAUUGCCUUGAUCAUGUUUUUGGGCUGUCUGAUAGCUCUUGUGUGUCCUGAAUUACCACUUGUAGAAGUUGAAGCUCCUUUUCUACUGAGCAACAGUUCAUAUACUGCUUUAGGCAGACAUUAUCAAGUGCCUCAUCUCAACAUGCAGGAAUCACCUCAAAAAGAGCUGGUAUUUAAAUGUCUGUGCCAUAUUGGCAUCUCCUGUGCCUGCCAGCACAGCUGAUAGUUUUUAGCAGUAACUUUCUUUUUGUUUGGAUGUAAGACUUUCCUGUAGGAAAUGCAUGGAGAUCACUCAUUUCUCAUUAAGUCAUUCAGCAGCAGUCAUCCUUCCCUAAACAUGGGCAGUCUUACAGAGAUCAGCUGGCUCUUUUUCUAUCCCCUCUCCCUCCUCCUCCCUUUUCUUUCUCUAUAUUCCACUACCACGUCUAACAGCUUUUAUGUUUGUGGCUCUCAAGUUGAAUACAUUGCCAUAUCUUUUAGAUACUUUUCAUGUGCAAUGCAAAAAUGAUACUUUGCUUUAAAAAAAAGACAACCCACAACCAAAUCCCUAAAAUGAUGUAGAAGUUGAAUUUUUUGGGUGAUGCCUUUUCCAUGUCCAUAAGAUGAAAGCCAUUUUGGACUCUAAACCUAUGUCUUGGUGAAUAAAUUUCCUAACUAAACAAAGCUUGCUUUGGGACAGUUAUCCAAAUGUAUUUCCUAAGAGACUUGAGCAGCUUUCUCCAUGUUGGAAUAAUGUCAGGUAUUUAGUUCUAGUUUAUGAAAAGUAUGGGCAAAUAGCUUAGCCUUGUGGCUGGCUUUUCUAAUCUGACUGAGAAAUAAAAAGUCAUUUCCAUUGGGUUUUUAUACAGCUGCUUCUUUUUUUUUAAACCCAGGUCACUGCAUUGUUUUCUCUAUCCUAUCGUUGAAUUGUCAUGCAAUAAAUACUGUACAGUUAUAGUUGUACCUCUCUAAAGGUUUUGUGAGACUGAAUGCUGUGCUAUCCUGAUUGACCUGAAUAGGCAGGAUACUGCCUUUUCCCACUUUGGAACCUAACAUUACCUUUCAUCUUAUCUUAGGACUGAGAUGAUUUAUCUACUAAAACUAACUUCAACACCUGUCACCUGGAGGUCUUCAAGAAAAGACUGGAUGGGGCACUUAGUGCCAUGGUCUAGUUGACUGGAUAGGGCUGGGUGAUAGGUUGGACUGGAUGAUCUUGGAGGUCACUUCCAACGUGGUUGAUUCUAUGAUUUGCUUAAAUGAUACUUAGUGAAGGUUGCUCUAUCUUCACUGGCUGUAAAUAACUUUUGAUUACAGUAUUGCAUAUUUCAAGGGGGUUUGGUUUACAUUAAAUUAUCCUAUUUAAACUUUUGUAAUGUUUGUUUUUCAAUAUGCUAAAUAAACCUUUUUAAGAUGCCUCCAAUGUUUCUAAGUAUCAAUUCUAUACAGUGACAGUGAGAAUUAUCUAAGUGGUGUUCCUUUAAUUUCCAUUGUUACAUGUACUUAGUUGCAGGGAACCAGUUUGUUUGGAUAACUUAACAUAUAUUUACUAUUUUAGACUUGAUAAUCCUUCAAAACUCAGGCUUAUUUUUAAUCAUUUCUGAAUCUGCUUAUCUUAAAUUUCCUUUAUUUUUUUAGAAGCACUCAUUGUAGCCACAGCUACAUAAUAGUCACUGGCUGAGGGAAAGCAGGAAUUAUUCUCUCCCACAACAAACUGAAACAGCACUCUGUAGCAAAAAAUGUUGAAGUCAGAGGACUUAAUCUCAAAGUUGGCU